GCAGGCAAAAGCCAUGGUGGAUAUUAUAGAACAUUACGGGUGGACGUACAUCGCAGCCGUCGCUAUCGACAAUUCGUACGGUCGAUAUGGGUUACGCGCUUUAGAGAGAGAAGCGUACGACCGCAGGACGUUUUGCGUCGCGUUUUCCGAGUACUUUACGUAUUCCAGCGACAAACGGAAAAUAAAAACGAUCGUGAGGACGCUCAAAGCGGCCGAAAACAUCAAAGUGGUCGUCUUAUGGAGCAACUACGAGGCGGCCAAACGGUUUUUAGCAGAAGCGACCUCACAAGGAUUGGAAGGUCGAACGUUCCUCAUUAGCGAGUCCAUAGCAGUUUCAGAAGAGGUCCUGGAAGAAAACUCUGCCAUCCUCAAGGGAGCUUUGGCAAUACAGCCAUAUUUUUUUGCAGAUGAGCCACUAGAGAAGCAUCUCAGAGGAAUAACAGUAAAUGAUACCAGAUCUAGUGCUAACCCAUGGUGGGAAGAGUUUUGGACAAACCACCUUAACUGUUCGUGGAAAACUGGUUCAACAGACGAGUGUAGAGGUGAUACAAAGGUAGAUCAGCGGGCCUUUUCUCAAAUACACACUGCCUAUUGUCCUUAUGUAACCGACGCUGUGUACGCACUAGCCCAUGCCAUAGAUUCAAUGUACAAGUGUAAAGAGGCAAGUGGGCUGUUAGAGAAUGGAAAAUGUCCAAGCACACACUCUAUAAUCAAACCUGAAGACAUCGUUGUGUAUCUCAGGAAUGUUUCAUUUGAUGGAAUCACGGGACGGAUACAGUUCACCAAAACCGGCGAUCCUUUCUCUUCUUCGUACGACAUCGUGAACCUUCAGAAACGAGGCUAUCGCUACGCAACUGUUGAAGUGGGAACAUGGAUCGGAAGGAAACGUAAUAAACUCACAAUAAACAGCACACUAAUCAAGUGGAGUGACCCGGAAGACACCGAGAAACCCGUGUCUGUAUGCAGCCGAAGCUGUCGUCCAGGAACUAAGCAAACUGGGACUAUAUCUUGCUGCUGGGAGUGCAUAAAAUGUCCAGUCGGUAGCAUCAGCACGGAGUAUAGCUCCCAAAACUGCUCCCAAUGUCCAGAGGAACACAUGUCAAACGAAGAAAGUACGGCAUGUCUUCCCUUACCGGUUAUUAACAUUAGAUGGAGCGACACUUCAGCGGUGAUAUUCACGUUUCUAACAACGAUUGGCCUAUUUGGGACGUGCGUGACUUUCACUAUUUUCCUGAAGAACCGCAAUACCCCAUUGGUGAAGGCUUCCAAUCGAGAACUGAGCUUCUUCUUGUUGUUCGCCAUCGCUUUGUGUUUCGUGUUGACUUUGCUUCAUCUCGCACAACCCAGUACGGUUCUUUGUUGCAUCGUGUAUCCAUGGAGAUACUUCGUCAACACCGCGUGUGUAUCAGUCUUGUUCCUCAAGACAAACCGUCUGGUGCAAGCAUUCCAAGCGAAAGUUAUCCCAAACUGGUUCAAGCGCUACGUCGUGGACCGCAAACGUCAAUUCCUUGUCGUCUCCCUACUCAACAUGGUCGAGGUUAUCCUCACCGUCUUGUGGCUGGUGAUAGAUCCCCCACACGAACACCAGGAGGUGCGACCACAAACACACGUCUUCCAUACUUGUCUGCCAUUCCGCACAAAGGUCGGAAUGGUCUUUAGAGCCGUCAUGUUCUCGUAUUUCAUUUUCCUCUCUGUAUUAGCCUCCAUUUAUGCCUU